GGUCUGCUUCUACUUCUACUUUUUUUUUUAAGUUCUAGUCUGUUUUGUGAUCUUGGUGGUACCGGUUGUGCAUGUGUGGAGCGAAAAUGGAUCGAUUUUGACAAAUUGUGAAGUCCAAUUUAUUGAAACUCCAACGGUUUGACUUUGGCAUAUAAUUCAGGAAGCCAGUGGUGAUUAAAGGUAUUCCAGCAUAGAGCAACACCCCCUGUACCUGUACACUGUGUAUGUGUGGACAUUAUUAAUGGAAACACACAUACAUUUGCAAUAAGGGUAGACUUACUGUAAAUAGCUCUUUGUCUUAUUUCUGUCGGAAAGAAGACAAAUUUCAAAAGAAAGCCAUUUACCAUACGUACAGCCCUGUGCAUACAAUGUACGUGUAGAGUCUUUACACCCUAAACGUGUCAAGGUUUAACCAGAGAACAAGCAUGACAGGUCCCUAAAUGUGAUGAUGCUGAUCUUUGAUGUGCCACGUGGCACAUGUACAUGUGGGCUACUUCCAUCAGAACAGUGCAUAUGGCCAUGUGCAUGGGUUAAUUGCGGCCUGUUACAUGGUUCUGGAGGUACAUUUAGGCUAAAGCUGCACACCGAAUCCAGUGGCAAAAGUUGAAGACGGUAGAGUGGAGAGACCACGAAAGUCAAAGAAGCCAGAAUGAGCAAGAGGGUAGCUAUCAUCGGUGCUGGUACCAGUGGCAUAGCAGCCAUCAAAUGCUGCUUAGAUGAGGGCCUCCAGGUCACCUGCUUUGAGAGAUCAGACCGAAUCGGUGGGCUCUGGGCUUAUAGGGAGGACCGAGAUGGCCAGGGCUGUGUGUUUAAGUCCACCAUCAUCAACACCAGCAAAGAGAUGAUGUGCUACAGCGACUACCCUAUUCCCAAGGAGUACCCCAACUUUAUGCAUCACUCCUACAUCGAGAAGUACUUCUUGAGCUAUGUGGACCACUUCGAUCUGAAACGGCACAUCCAGUUUCGCACCGAAGUCGAGAAAGUCACUCAGGCUGCCGAUUAUGACACAACGGGGUGGUGGCAAGUCACCACGAAGAAUCGCGACAGCGGGGAGUGCACCACUGAUCUCUUCGAUGCUGUGAUGAUCUGUAUCGGUCAUCACACAACCCCUCACAUCCCUGACUUUCCAGGUCUCAAGGACUUCCAAGGAACAGUAACCCACACUCACGAAUACAAAACACCUUACCAUUUGAUCGACAAACGAGUUGUCGUCAUUGGUUUUGGUAACUCUGGAGUGGAUGCAGCCGUGGAACUGAGUCGUAUCUCUUCAAAAGUUUUCCUGAGUACAAGGACUGGAGCUUGGAUUUUGAAUCGUGUGGGUCCUCAGGGCAAUCCAAUUGAUAUUGUGGUAGGGACACGAUUCUUAAACGUGUUUCCUACAAGUUUGAAAGACACUAUGGCAAAGUGGCAGCUGCAAAGUAAAUUUGACCAUUCCAAGUAUGGACUGCAGCCAAUGCACAGCCCAUUCCAGGCACAUCCCCUUGUCAACGAUGACCUGCCAAAUCGAAUCCUGAGUGGUGCAGUUACCGUCAAGCCCAACGUGGCCCGCUUCACGAAAACUAGGGUUGAGUUCGUGGAUGGGACAUUUGAGAAUGACAUUGACUGCGUGAUUCUCGCAACUGGAUACACAUUCAGCUAUCCCUUUGUGGACUGCCCUUCGUUCCAAGUGGUCAAGAAUGAGGUGUCAUUGUACAAGUAUGUCUUUCCCACUGACCUCAAACACCCAACGAUAUGCACCAUUGGCUUGGUUCAGCCUAUUGGAGCUAUCCACCCCAUCUCUGAGCUCCAGUGUCGUUGGGCUGCCCGCAUCUUCAAACACCAAGCGCGUCUGCCGCCCCGCCCAGUGAUGGAAGCUGCCAUCAAGAAGGCCAAAGAUGACAUGAGCAAACGUUACAUCAAAUCUCAACGUCACACCAUCCAAGUGGACUGGAUCAAGUACAUGGACAGCAUCGCUGUUGAGAUAGGAGUCAAGCCGGAUUUAUGGAAGUUGUUCUGGUCGGAUCCAGCCCUGGCACUCCGCUGUUUCUUUGGGCCUUGUUUACCCUACCAGUACCGCCUGAUGGGACCUGGGAAGUGGAGUGGAGCAAAGGAUGCUAUCAACACCAUGUGGGAGAGAGUCAAUGCACCGCUGAAGACACGCCUCCCAGCUGUCCAAGAAAAGUUAGGGGCAGCAAACAUGUUACUGCGCCUUGGUUUGGCUUUCCUUGUCAUAUAUAUUGCUAUAUGCGUUGUCUUGUAAAAUUGUAACAUUGUUGCAAAUUGAAACUUCCCCACGGACCUUUUUAAUUCAAUGAAACUAAUCAAUGACUUGCUUAAAAGUUUUGAUUCCUCCAAACCAAACACACAUUGACAUUGAUAUGUACAGUGUAUGUCUACAUGUAGCACCAGUGACACUCAGUUUAUCGUGAACAUCCUUUCAUUAAUUGUUUCUUGAGUGGAGGUCAUUACCUACAUGUACCAGUGUGUACUGUUAUUGGUAUGUGAUGUGCAUGUACAUGUAGGUUCAUGUAUAAGUACUUUAUUUUAUGGUUAAUUUUCCAUGCAUUCAUGUACAUGUAGUGUCGGUACCAGUUCAUGUCGGUACCAGUUCAUGUCGGUACGCUUACCGGUAUUGUACAUGUAUGCACAUGUAUGUCAAAUUUAUCAGAGUUUGGUUAGCAGUACUAGCAGUGGGUGUGCAUCUGCAGUUCUGCACACAUUGCACUGUGAUAGAAUGUGCAUGUGUUUAAAAAUCUGCCUAUAUGUACAUGUACACUUCCACUAGCAUACAUGUGCACGUACAUGUACAUAUGCAUGGGCUAUUGGUUUAUGUACGCUGUGUUUAAUUUAAGUAAAGAGAAAUUAAUAGCUUGCCGGCGACAAUUUUAUACAUUUGUACAUUUCAGACUUCUUAGUUUUCAAAGCUUACCGGUACAUGUACCGUUUUUGUACUCUGUGAAGAGUAAGUACAUUUACAUGUAAAUUGCACUGUUUAAUUAAUGCAUACAUGCAUAAUAAUUGUAAUUUAAAAGAUCAGAGUCAUGUAAAUAACGUUACAUAUGUGUACAUGUAUAUGCAGUGUACUAUAGGUCCAUUCAUCAAAGCAACUACAUGUAAUUUGACAAUAAAAAAACGUGUUUGUAAUAUU